CCUGACCCCUCCCGGGACUCGCUGGCUUGCAGUCGCCGCCUGGCCCGGCCCCUCCAGCCGCCCUUGAACGGAGGCUUCCGGCGGAGGCGGGCCCUGGCGGCAAGGACCGAGGUCGGCCGCAGACAUGGCACCGCUGGGCCGGUCGUUCUUUGCUGGGCUGGCCCGCCUACCCCGCGAUCCCGGCGCUCAGAGGUUUUUCAGUUAUGGAACAAAAACACUGUAUCAAAGCAUGGAUGCUCCACAGUCUAAAUUCUUCCAGCCCCUUUCAAAGCCUAUGCUACCACCUAACACUUUUCAAGGAAAAGUGGCUUUUAUUACUGGAGGAGGUACUGGCCUUGGCAAGGCCAUGACAACUUUCCUGUCUAGCCUGGGUGCCCAGUGUGUGAUAGCCAGCAGGAACCUUGAUGUUUUGAAAGCUACUGCAGAGGAGAUUUCUUCUAAAACUGGAAAUAAGGUUCAUGCGAUUCGGUGUGAUGUGCGCGAUCCUGAGAUGGUACAUAACACAGUGCUGGAGCUGAUCAAAGUUGCAGGGCAUCCGGAUGUGGUGAUAAACAACGCAGCGGGGAAUUUCAUUUCUCCUAGUGAAAGACUGUCUCCAAAUGCUUGGAAGACUAUAACUGACAUAGUUCUCAAUGGCACGGCCUAUGUGACCCUGGAAAUUGGAAAGCAGCUAAUUAAAGCCCAGAAAGGAGCUGCAUUUCUUGCUAUCACUACCAUCUAUGCUGAGAGUGGAUCUGGCUUUGUAAUGCCAAGUUCUUCAGCCAAAUCAGGCGUGGAAGCCAUGAAUAAGUCUCUUGCAGCUGAAUGGGGUAGAUACGGAAUGCGUUUCAACAUAAUUCAGCCAGGGCCUAUAAAAACCAAGGGUGCCUUUAGCCGUUUGGACCCAACUGGAAGAUUUGAGAAAGAUAUGAUUGAGAGGAUUCCCUGUGGUCGGCUGGGGACUGUGGAGGAACUCGCAAAUCUCGCCACUUUUCUUUGCAGUGAUUAUGCCUCUUGGAUUAAUGGGGCAGUCAUUAGAUUUGACGGCGGAGAGGAAGUAUUUCUGUCAGGUGAAUUCAACUCUCUAAAGAAGAUCACCAAGGAAGAGUGGGAUGUGAUGGAAGGGCUCAUCAGGAAGACAAAAGGCUCCUAAGAUGGUCGCAUUUUCGUCUGUGACAGACUAAACUUAGGGAUUAGAGACAAUGCAGAUGGGCCGUGGUCUUCUGCUUGUUUCCAGGGUUAAUAAAUUGUUUGCUUUGA